CUCUUCACUCAAAGAUCUUGCGGCCUCUCUUUCGAAGAGAUAUGACAAUCAGGAGGUAGUUUCUGACUUGGAAGAAGCUGUCACGCUUUUGCGAGCAGCACUAGCGCUCUGUCACCAGGACAUCCCGAUCGUGGCGUAGUUCUUUACAACCUUGCUUGCGACCUCCGGAAUAAGUUUCAGAAACAAGCUGACAGGUGUAAAUUGGAGGAGGCGAUUAAACUGCACCGUGAAGCCCUGGAAUCACAUCCCGCUGGACACCCUGAUCGGUCCUCAUCGCUCUCAUCGCUUGCUCUCUGCCUUUCAGAUAGGUAUGGCCACCAGGGGGUAGUUAAUGACUUAGAUGAGGCCAUCAUGCUUGGGCGUGCAGCACUAGCACUCCGGCCAUCAGGGCACCCCGAUCGCGGCCUAACUCUCUACAAUCUCGCUAAUUUCCUCAGGAUGAGGUUCCUGAAACAAGUUGCGACCAAUGAUUUGGAGGAAGCGAUUGUGCUGCACCGCACAGCUUUGGAACUACGUCCAUCUGGGCACCCUGAUCGGUCCUCGUCGCUCUCAUCGCUUGCUCUCUGACUGUCAUAUAGACAUGCGAAGUCGGGGAUAGUUGAUGACUUGGAUGAAGCUAUAAAACUUGGACGUGCAACACUAGAGCUUAGUCCGCCAGGGCACGCCAAUCGUGGCGAAUCUCUCCACAAUCUUGCUUGCGACCUCAAGAAGAGGUUUGCGGCAAAGGGUGCGAUCUGCGACUUGCAGGAAGCAAUUGAG